CUCUCGCAGCAUACCCACCCCAACAUUGUCAGAUACCACGGCUGCCGGGUGCGAGGGGGCGCAUCACCGCGCUCGUUCUCGACAGGCAUCAGAGCAACCUGAAGCAGUACCUGAAGGAGAACGCGGAAGGAAUCGACAAGGGCGCCUUCAUGGCUGCGCUCGAGUCGGCUAUCCGUCAUCUUCACUCGCUGGGAGUUGCUCACAAUGGCAAUGUUAUGGUCAAUGCAGAGGGUAUACCGGUCCUAAUUGACUUCGGCUCCAGUCGCGCGAUUGGGAAAAAGCUGGGUCCGUCUCGGGGAACGGCUGGAUGGAUCGAAGGCGAUCCGUCUGAUUAUGAUACCUCGGACGAUGGGCAUGAUUUGUAUGCUCUCGAGAAAAUCCGCGCUUGGUUGGACAACCCCGCGGUGGCGUAGGGAGACGGGAUGCGUCCAUCCGCCAGACUUCGACUUGGGGGAUCCUCACCGCUUCCCGGAGGGGUUAUUCCCGCGGUGUUAACAAACGAACAGUCGGCCCCGCC